AUGGCUGGGGUAGGGCAGACAAGUGCAAGCAAGCAAGCCGCGGGGCGCCGUACGAGGCAUAGUGCCGCUUGGACUCCAUCGACGACUGCCCUUCUUGGGCACCGUCUGAUGUUUCUCAACUCGACCUGCAGUCCAUUGUGGCCCUGGCCCUGGCCCUGGCCCUGGCCAUUGUUGUUGUUGUUGUUGUUGUUGUUGUUGUUGCUGUCGGGUUGCCAUUCACCAUCAUCACCAUCGUGGUCUGGUCGUGAGCGUGCGGCGUCAAGAGGGCCCGUCUGGCACGUUGCCGUGUUGGUGUUGGCGGGCGCUGUCACCCAGUUCCAGUCCCAAACGGCAAACUGCUGGUCGAGGGGUGGUGGGACACCAAGUGGGCGGCUGCUAGGAUGUCAGGAUGCCAGGAUGCACAUGCACACAGACACAGACUCCAUGUCAGGGACCCUCCUGUGCACGCCAAAAUUAGCCUGCACGCCUCCAGCCCGGCCAGCCUACCACACUCACGCCCCACGCCCUCAACGACAAUCGUCGCAUCGCCGCAUCGCCGCAUCGCCGCGUCGUCAUCUGGCCUGCCCUUCUGCCGCCCGCAAGCCCAUUGCCGAAGACUGGAUAGCUCCCCAAGGAAACGAUUGA